UUCUUUUUUCAUUCUCUUUUCUUCAACAGCUAGAAGAAAUCUCUUCAGAACAGCUUGACGCAUAUAUUGCGCACCAGUGAAAGGCCUAGCAGAGCCGGUGCGGAGGAAUUAUCUGCUGUCAGGUCCUGCGCCGGGCUGAUAGGGAAACUCAGCGCACCGAGGGCCACCACAAGGUGAGAGGGACGGCCGCAGGGGGAAGGGAACCAAAAGUCCGGGACCGAUGAUGCCGUCCUCCACUAUGCAGAUGUUCGCCUUCAUUCUGGCGUUACUGGGGGUCCUGAGUGCCACGGUGGCCACACUGCUACCCAACUGGAAGGUGAGUGCGGAUGUGGGCAACAAUAUCAUGACUGCCAUCUCGCAGAUGCAGGGACUGUGGAUGGACUGCACCUGGUACAGCACCGGAGUCUUCAGCUGCUCGCUUAAGUACUCGGUCCUGUCAUUGCCGGCUUAUCUUCAGACCGCACGCACCACUAUGGUGCUCUCCUGCAUGAUGGCGACAAUGGGACUCUGCUUGGCCGCCCUAGGGCUGAAAUGUACUCGAUGGGGUGGCAGUUAUCGCUCUAAGGGACACACGGCUAUUUCCGCAGGGGCUUGUUUCAUCGUAGCAGGGGUCCUGUGUCUGGUGCCCGCAUCCUGGUUCACCAAUGAGGUCAUCACUACGUUUAUGGACUCCAAAGUGCCCAAGAGCAGCAAGUACGAGCCAGGGGCAGCGGUGUACGUGGCGUUCGUCUCGGCAGGAUUCCUUUUAGCUGCAGGCGUAAUCUUCUGCUUAUCGUGUCCUGGAAGGAGAGGCGGUACAUUGGAUUCGGGCUCGUCCCACCCAGACAAGCCUAAACAGAAGAAGCUGCGCCAGGAGCAGCCGAGCCGUGACCAACAGAAACAGCAGCACUGCGAACAGCAGAGUCAGACUGAACUGCCGGAACGAGAGCAGUCGCAUCGACACCAAGAAAAGCUACAAGCGGACGAUCGUCAGCAAGAGAAGUCGGUGCCGGACAGAUUGAUCCUGGAGAAGGACAAGCAGUACCAGUCUCCAUCUCGAACCCGAAUUCAAGAUCCCAAGGCCGUCUAUAGUCUGCACGACUACGUGUAGACAACUGUCAUCGACUUCAGGAGCACGAGUAUUUAGGGCGUUCUUGAUUGUCAGACUGCCUUUCUUUGUGAGCGGCGAAAAGAGGAGGGGAAAAGCAGUGGAGCAGCAGGAGGAAUAAUGACUUUGAUGCCGUAAUCAACCCUUCUCAUCUGUGCUUUCGCUUACAGCAAGCGAAACACUGGAGGUAUUUCCAAAGCCACCGGAACAGACAAACUAUGGAUUGUGAAACCUCGGGUACACGGUUUUAACUGCAACGACAAGUAAAAAA